CAGAUUUUCAGUUCCACAUUUCCUUUGGCUGGCUAGUUUACAGCCAGCUGUAAGGUCAUGCACAAAGAAAAUAUUAAAGUGAGUUGCAAUGCAAUGACUAAGGAAUUACAUUGAAGUUAAGAAAUGCUUAAGUUUGGGUGCAAGAAAUUGGCUUUACAAUUUUAGUUGCUCAGUCACAACAAUGUUUGGCAUCCGAAAGAACACCAGUAAAGUGAAAAAUGUGGACAGUUAUAAAAACAAAGUUUGGUUAUGAAAGUUAAUACUCAUCUAUGAUCCACGUAUCAAGACAAGUGCGAAAAAGAUUCGUAGCAGCUAAGAGGAUUGUUGUGACAACUUCAGGACUAGUCACAACAACACAAGAGAAGAAACUAACCUUGCAUAGAGGAAUAAGGUGCCUUCGACAUCAGUUUUUUCCUGUAGUACAAAGGUAAGAAUAUCAUGAUGGAGAGUCAAAAUGGGUUGGCUACGUCUCCGGAGACCGCGGUUGUGUCUGCAACUCCCGCCGCGGCUUUAGGCAUUGCCGCCACAGUGACAGCAUCACCAGCUACUGGCGGGCCGGCGAAAAGUCUGGCAGAAGCCGAGGCUGCCGCCGCCGCUGCCGCUGCUGCUGCCAAGAGAAAGGCCAUGAGUCGGAGAGGCAAACCGCCUCCGGAACGACCGCCAAGAGCCCUCCUCUGCCUCUCUCUCACCAAUCCGGUGCGCAAGCUCUGCAUCAGCGUCGUCGAGUGGAAACCGUUCGAGUAUCUGAUCCUGUUGACCAUCUUCGCCAAUUGCGUGGCCUUGGCCGUCUACACGCCGUACCCCAACGGGGACUCUAACAUUACCAAUGCCUAUUUGGAAAAAGUGGAAUAUGUCUUUCUGGUUAUUUUCACCAUCGAAUGCGUCAUGAAAAUCAUCGCCUAUGGGUUCGUGGCUCACAGCGGCGCCUACCUACGCAAUACGUGGAACUUGCUUGAUUUCACCAUUGUCGUCAUCGGCGCCGUCAGCACAGCCCUGUCGACCAUGAUGAAAGACGGCUUCGAUGUCAAGGCUUUGCGGGCAUUUCGCGUCCUGCGGCCCUUACGACUCGUCUCCGGCGUCCCUAGUUUGCAAGUGGUGUUGAAUUCCAUAUUGAAAGCGAUGGUGCCACUUCUUCACAUUGCUCUGCUGGUCAUAUUCGUAAUCAUCAUUUACGCCAUCAUCGGUCUGGAAUUAUUUUCGGGGAAACUGCACACAACUUGCUACGAUCCCGAAACUGGCGACAUGAUGAAAGACCCUCAUCCGUGCUCCAAUUCGAGCGGCGUAGGAUUCGACUGCGCAAACAUCGGGAUGGUCUGUUUGCCCGACUGGGAGGGACCCAACGAUGGCAUCACUAAUUUCGACAACUUUGGCCUGGCCAUGCUGACCGUGUUCCAGUGCGUCACGCUCGAGGGUUGGACCGACGUACUGUAUCAAAUCGAGGACGCCAUGGGUAAUUCCUGGCAAUGGAUCUACUUCAUCUCGAUGGUCAUCAUCGGCGCCUUUUUUGUGAUGAAUCUUAUUCUCGGUGUCCUCAGCGGAGAGUUUUCAAAAGAAAGGAAAGCCAAAGCGCGAGGCGACUUUCACAAGUUGCGCGAGAAACAGCAAAUCGAGGAGGAUUUGCGAGGUUAUCUGGAUUGGAUCACCCAAGCGGAAGAUAUUGAGCCGGAAGGCGAGGACCGACAUCAUGACGACCCCAAGCAUGCUAAAAACAAACGAGAGCAGGAUAAUAGUGUCGACAAGACGGAGGAGAGCAGCAACGCUGAUACUUCGCAGGAUUCGUGGUGGACGCAGAAAAAGCGGAACUGGGAACGGAGAAACCGUCGUAUGCGCCGAGCUUGCCGCAAAGCUGUCAAAUCUCAGGCUUUUUACUGGCUGAUCAUCAUUCUCGUGUUUUUGAACACUGGCGUACUGGCUACCGAGCACUAUAAACAACCAGAAUGGCUGGAUUUCUUCCAAGAUGUGACCAAUAUCUUUUUCGUCGUCCUAUUUAGCAUGGAAAUGUUAUUGAAGAUGUACAGCUUGGGAUUUCAAGGUUAUUUCGUGUCGCUCUUUAAUCGCUUCGACUGUUUCGUCGUCAUCAGUAGUAUCGUCGAAGUCGUUUUAACUAAAACGGACGUCAUGCCCCCUUUGGGUGUAUCCGUGUUGCGUUGCGUCCGUCUCCUGCGAGUCUUCAAAGUCACAAAGUACUGGCGCUCUCUUUCCAACUUGGUGGCGUCGCUGCUCAACUCGAUCCAAUCAAUCGCGUCGCUCUUGUUGCUCCUCUUUCUCUUCAUGGUCAUCUUCGCCCUGCUGGGCAUGCAAGUCUUUGGCGGCAAAUUCAACUUUGAGAAUCAAGAGUUGCCCAGAAGCAAUUUCGAUUCCUUCUGGCAGAGUUUACUAACCGUCUUUCAGAUAUUGACGGGUGAAGAUUGGAAUGCUGUCAUGUACGACGGUAUUAAAGCCUAUGGCGGCGUGGCAUCGUUGGGCAUUCUGGCCUGUAUCUACUUUAUUAUCCUCUUCAUCUGCGGCAACUAUAUUCUUUUGAACGUCUUUUUGGCCAUCGCUGUGGACAACUUGGCUGACGCCGAAUCGUUGACUGCCAUCGAAAAGGAGGAAGCGGACCAAGCUGGAGCACAAGCGGAAGCUGAAGCUGACUUAGAUAAAUCGGCUACCAGCGAUUCGGCCACGAAAGACGGUGACGAUCGAAGUCAAGAAGAGUUGGACGAGGAAGAUGAGGACAACAUUGACGAUAACGGCAAAGAAGGUGACGACGAUGAUAACGCCCAAGCGGAUGGUAACCAUGACGACAUAUCGGAUCGGAAGCGAUCUUCAAAAAAGAAAAAGUCAGACGGGGGUUCAACCAGAAUUGAAAUCGAACAAGAUUACGACGACGAGGGUACCGAGGACGCCAGCAAAGACGAAGAGGAGCCAAGAACGAGCGAUGGAGACGGACGCGAUGGAACCGAUGAGCAAAUGGUGAAUGCUAACGUGAAAAUAACGGCCCGACCUCAUCGGCGGCCAUCGCCGGGGCUUGAUGAAACGCCCACAUUGAUCAAGCCCAUCCCGAGAGGGUCGAGCUUCUUCGUAUUCUCCCACACCAACAGGUUCCGCGUGUUCUGCCACUGGUUCUGCAACCACAACUACUUCGGGAACAUUAUCCUUGCCUGUAUCCUCAUUUCGUCGGCUAUGUUGGCCGCGGAAGACCCGCUCAGCGCCGACACGGAUCGCAACAAGAUUUUGAAUCACUUUGACUACUUCUUUACAACUGUAUUUACCAUUGAAAUUGCCUUGAAAGUCAUCGCGUACGGUCUGGUUUUCCACAAGGGAGCUUUUUGCCGAUCGGCUUUCAAUCUUCUUGAUUUAUUGGUCGUUUGUGUCUCACUAAUCUCUUUCGGAUUCAGUUCUGGAGCUAUUUCGGUCGUCAAAAUCCUCCGAGUACUUCGUGUGCUAAGACCUUUGCGCGCCAUCAACCGAGCUAAAGGCCUUAAACAUGUCGUCCAGUGCGUCAUCGUCGCUGUGAAAACCAUCGGUAACAUCAUGCUGGUCACGUGCCUUCUCGAGUUCAUGUUCGCAGUUAUUGGUGUUCAACUCUUCAAAGGCAAGUUUUUUAAGUGCAACGACCCAUCGAAAAUGACCAGAGACGACUGCGUCGGGACCUUUAUCCAAUACGAAGACGAUGAUAUCGAACGUCCGACAGUGGUCAAUAGGACGUGGGAGAACAAUGACUUCCAUUUUGAUGACGUCGGCAAAGCCAUGCUGACAUUGUUCACUGUAUCGACCUUUGAAGGAUGGCCAGGGUAAUCGAAACUUUUUGUUGUACGUGUCUCCAUCGACUCGCACACCGAAGAUAUGGGUCCGAUGCAUAAUUACCGACCAAUGAUUGCUUGCUUCUACUUUAUCUACAUCAUUAUCAUCGCCUUCUUUAUGGUCAAUAUCUUCGUCGGUUUCGUUAUUGUCACCUUUCAAAACGAGGGAGAACAGGAAUACCGAAACUGCGAAUUGGAUAAAAAUCAGCGAAACUGUAUAGAAUUUGCAUUGAAAGCUAAACCGUUCCGUCGCUACAUCCCUAAAGCGAGGUUUCAGUAUAAAGUUUGGUGGAUGGUGACGUCGCAGCCGUUCGAGUACAUCAUCUUCACUUUAAUUAUAACUAAUACGGUUACGCUCGGUAUGAAGUUUUACGGCCAACCAGAAGUCUACACGCAAGCGCUAGACGUUCUGAAUAUGAUAUUCACGAGCGUCUUCGCCUUGGAAUUUGUGUUAAAAUUGGCUGCAUUUCGAUUCAAGAAUUAUUUUAGCGAUCCUUGGAACGUAUUUGAUUUUGUUAUUGUCCUGGGAAGUUUCAUCGACAUUGUCUACUCCCAGUUGAAUGUAAGCAAAACAAUUUCGAUUGCGUUGGCUCAGUACCGAUUUAUAUGGAAUUUAUUUCUUCAGCCUGAUUCCAAUCUCAUCUCCAUCAAUUUCUUCCGCCUUUUUCGUGUCAUGCGAUUGGUUAAACUUCUCAGCCGUGGCGAGGGCAUCCGAACUCUUCUUUGGACGUUUAUGAAAUCUUUCCAGGCUCUGCCUUACGUCGCCCUAUUGAUUGUGAUGCUCUUUUUCAUCUAUGCCGUCAUUGGCAUGCAGGUUUUCGGCAAGAUUGCCCUGGACAACGAUACAGCUAUACACCGAAACAACAAUUUUCAAACGUUUCCGCAAGCUGUCCUUGUCCUUUUCCGGUCAGCUACGGGAGAGGCCUGGCAGGAUGUUAUGCUCGGCUGUUCAUCACAGAAGGCCCCAGCUUGUGAUCCAAAGUCAGAUGAAUUUCGCAAUAAUGCAACGGAGCAUUGUGGCACUGAAUUUGCCAUCCCAUAUUUCAUUUCCUUCUACGUCUUGUGCUCCUUUUUGAUCAUCAAUUUGUUUGUGGCUGUUAUUAUGGACAAUUUCGAUUACCUAACACGUGAUUGGUCCAUCCUGGGCCCGCAUCACCUCGAUGAAUUCGUCCGUCUUUGGAGUGAGUACGAUCCGGACGCUAGAGGUCGUAUCAAGCAUUUGGAUGUGGUAACGUUGUUACGUAAAAUAUCACCGCCACUGGGUUUCGGCAAAUUAUGCCCACAUCGCGUGGCUUGCAAGAGGCUGGUCUCGAUGAAUAUGCCGCUCAAUAGCGACGGGACUGUCAUGUUCAACGCUACUCUAUUUGCAGUGGUGCGAACGUCUCUCAAGAUCUACACAGAAGGAAACAUUGACACGGCAAACGAAACACUACGCGCUGUCAUUAAGAAAAUCUGGAAAAGAACCAACAGUAAAUUGCUGGAUCAAGUCGUACCGCCACCUGGAAUCGACGACGAGGUGACGGUAGGCAAGUUCUACGCCACCUUCCUAAUUCAGGAUUACUUCCGACGCUUCAAAAAGAGGAAAGAAAUGCUCAACAAGGAUGUUACUCUUGACGGUGAAGUGGCCGGAGUUGAUACGGUAACGCUACAGGCUGGAUUGCGAACCUUGCACGAUGCUGGGCCUGAAUUGAAGAGAGCGAUCUCUGGCAAUCUUGACGAGUUGAUGGAACGUGACCCAGAGCCUAUGCACAGAAGGAAUCAUACUUUAUUUGGUAGUGUUUGGUCCAAUAUGCGACGAGGAGGCGGGCCAUCAUCAAGACAACGUCCGACAGAGUCAUCACCAUUAAAACUAUCGCCGCAAAUGUUGAUGAAAACGGCCAACGCAUCUAAUGGGCAAAGCUUACCGGUUUCCUCGUCCAGUGAUGAGCUUUCGGAAGCUGUGCCACUCCGACCACUGCGAAUGCGACAAAAUCAGACCAACAACAACGGAAGCCUGCCUAGCAAUAUGUUUCAUGGCGUCCUGUCAACGACAGCCAUGGGAUCUGCAUCGACACUUCCUCGCUGCUUUCCGAGAAAGAGUGAACGUCGAUUAACUGGCGGUCUGUGGCUGGCCCAGGCUCACGCUUACGCAAUGGCCCUGGCCGGCGUUCUACCUGGAAGCACGACAACCUUUACUCGCCGUUUGAGUUUGAAUAGUCAAACAUGCAGUCGAACACUUCCAUCUUUCAAAUUCGAAGAAUGUCGUGAACCGCCUAGAACAACGUGCAGUCUAACUUUGCAGCCUUGGCCACCAGCUCACGGGGAAGCUGUCGCUGGAUCGGCUGAGAGCUUGGUCGGCAAGGUUCUAGUUGAGCAAGGCCUUGGCAAGUUCAUUGAUGACGAUUUUAUCCGCACAACGUCACGUGAAAUGCAAGAGGCCAUGGAUAUGACAAAAGAGGAGAUGGAUCGUGCCGCUCAUCAUUUGCUAAUGUUGACGCAAGAUGAAAUUGGUACAUCCCGAUCUCCCCAAGCGCUGUCGGGUGCGGCCAUUCGACGACCGGGUGGCCAACCCUUGACUUUGGCGCUCAAUUCGGCCUUUAGUGAGGUUGACCACGUCCCGCAGUCUCGUCACAACUCCUAGCCGAGAUCUUUGGUGUAGGUAGAAAUAACCUAAAUUUUUAAAAUCCUUCACCUUUGGGUAAAUGAAAGGCUUUUGGUGAAAUUGUUUGGUAAUUUUGGAGAUUUUAUGACUUUGCCUUUUGGUGUCGACAUUCGUCGCCAUUUUGCCAAUUGUGAAUUUUUUCCAGUCAAGUUUGAAAUGUUUUUUUUUUCUCUCAGUGAAAACCAAAUCCCUGACCCUGCAACAAGUGCCUCCCCCUCAUCUUUGUACGUCGAUAAUAUUCUGUAGCUUAAUCCUUAUCAGAUCUUUUGUCUCUUAUAUCUUUUUCAAUACAUCUUCCUAUAAUAUUUACUUUAACACUAUACAUUAGUUAUUUUUCACAGUUUUGCAGACUAAUGAAUUUGGGCAACUCUGCGUGUUCUACGCCAGUCAACAGCGUUGUAUUAAAUAUCUUUGUCGUA